AUGGCUGGUGUUAAGCGUCGUGUCGACGUCCCCGAGGAGCGCAAUGGAAAGCGGAGCAAGAACCAAACCUCCGCACCGGUGAAGAAGAAGUAUGCCCUUGACACCGCGAACAAGAAGGGUCCUGUGCCUUCCACCAAGAAGAGCGGCAUGUCUGGCAAGUCCGACAAGAAGAGCGCGAAGAAGGUCUCCAAAAAGGUCCAGAUGGAAGACUCGGAGGAGAACGAUGACGAAGACGACUUUGAUUUGGACGAUCUUUCCUCGGUGUCUGGAGCCGAGGACGACGAGUUCGAUGCUUUGGACAAUGCCUCUGGUGAUGAGGAUAUGGAGGAUGUGAGCGACGAGGAGGAUGCGGACGAGAAGAAACAGAAGGAGAGCGCCGCCAACUCAGAUAAGAAGGCCUCUACUACGCAAAAUGGUGGCCAGCAGAAUGGCGACGAGACAGCAAAGAGUAACAAUUCUCGCGAGUCACACAUCAAGCAAAAGGCCUUACAACAGGAGCGCAAGAUGGCCAAGCCCAACGCCGACAUGAUCGCCCGGUCGAAGAAGUUGUGGGAGCAAUUACGUCGCAAAUCCCAUGUGCCCUUGGAGCAACGUAAGAAGCUUAUCAAGGAGCUGUUUGAGAUUAUUACCGGCCGUGUGCGCGAUUUUGUGUUCAAGCACGACUCGGUCCGUGUGGUUCAGACCGCUCUCAAGUACGGUAAUCUGGAACAACGCAAACAAAUCGCACAGGAGUUGAAGGGCAGCUACAAGGAAUUGGCGCAGAGCCGAUACGCCAAGUUCCUAGUUGGUAAGCUGAUUGUGCACGGAGACUCGGAGACUCGGGACUUGAUCGUUCCCGAAUUCUAUGGACACGUCAAGCGUUUGAUCCGUCAUCCGGAAGCCUCAUGGAUUCUUGACGAUAUUUACCGUACAGUGGCUUCCAAGGAGCAGCGCCGACGAAUCCUACGCGAAUGGUACGGCGCCGAGUUUGCCGUCUUCGAGGACGAGAAGGAGACAGCAGAGCUGUCUCAGAUCUUGGAGGCCCACCCCGAGAAGCGAGGCCCGAUUAUGCACUUCUUGCACGAACUCAUCAACCACAUGGUACAGAAGAAGACUACCGGCUUCACGCUCUUGCACGAUGCUAUGUUGCAAUACUUCUUGAACACGAAACCGGGUAGCACUGAGGCGAAUGAAUUUAUCGAGUUACUCAAGGGCGACGAGGAAGGUGAUCUGGUCAAGAACUUGGCCUUCACAGCUUCCGGCUCCCGACUGAUGUCCCUCUCCUUCGCGUAUGCGAACGCCAAGGACCGAAAGUUGCUUCUCCGAUUCUAUAGAGAUACUAUCAAGGCCAUGGCUGGGGACGUCAAUGGACACAUGGUGAUCCUCGCAGCUUAUGAAGUGAUUGACGACACAAAGCUGAGCGGCAAGUCCAUCUUCUCGGAAUUAUUGAACCAGAACGAGUCCGAGGAGGUUCGUCACGAGGAGCUCUAUCACCAGGUGAACGACCUGGUUGCUCGUGUUGCUGUGCUCUACCCCUUCGCCGGCGACCGCGUCAAGUGGCUUCUGCCCGAAGCCGAUCUGGAGGUCCUCAAGGAGGUGCGCGAAGUCCGCAAAGAGACUUCUAAGAAGGACUCCGUUGUGCGCCGAAACGAGUUGGCCGCUGCGGCGUCACCCACCAUGCUGGAGUUCAUCGCUGCUCGGGCGGACGCUCUUCUGGAGACUUCUUUUGGCUGCCAAUGUAUUGGUGAGGUCCUGUUCGAGGCCACGGGAGACAAAAGCGCCGCCCUGGCGGCCGUGGCACAGGCUGCCAAGACUGAGUCGGAGAAGCGUGACUCGGCCGCCUUUGGCCGUCUGCUCAAGUCUCUCGUCCAGGGAGGCCGUUUCAACCCCGCCACCAAGUCCGUUGAGAAGGUCUCCCCACCCUUGAACUUCCAUGAUCUCCUGUACGAGCAGAUUCGCGACGAGGUUGUCGAGUGGGCGACUGGUCCCAACACCUUUGUCAUUGUUGCUAUGGCCGAGUCCGAUGACUUCCAGAGCAAGGCAGAGCUGCUCAAGACCUUGAAAAAGAAUAAGAAGGCCUUGACGGCGGCUGUGGAAGCUGCCAAGGGCGAGAAGAAGGCUGGUCCCGCGGCCAGCGGUGCCAAGCUUCUGCUUGAGAAGUUAUAG